AUGAGUGAAAGCAAGAAAUACGUUCUGAUUACCGGCUGCUCUCCGGGCGGCAUUGGUCACGCAAUUGCCACUGAAUUUCAGAAUCAUGGAUAUCACGUCAUCGCCACGGCGCGUCGAGCCGAGGUCCUGGGAGAGCUGCGCAAGACGGGCAUGAGCGUCGUCUCGCUGGACGUGUGCGACAGGGCCAGUAUCCAGAAGUGCAAAGAAGAGGUCGCGCGCAUCACGGCGGGUAAGCUCGACAUUCUCGUCAACAACGCCGGUGUCAAUCACACCAUUCCCGCCACGGAUAUUGAGAUUGACGAUGUCAAAAGGACGUUUGACGCCAACGUAUUUGGCCCGAUGCUCAUGUGCCAGGCGUUCAUCCCACUCCUGAUCCCUGCGCGGGGCCUCAUUGUCAACAUCUCAUCCGUGUCGGCCAUUAUGCCCUAUCUCUUCGCCUCCGUCUACUGCGCCACCAAGGCCGCGCUGGACGGCUACUCGCGCACCCUGCGCCUCGAGCUGAAGCCCUUCAACGUGCGCGUCAUGGUGGCCAUGACGGGCACCGUCAAGUCCAACAUCACGUCGCACUUUGUGCGCGAGCUGCCGAGCAACUCGCUCUACCGCCCCGUCCAGGACAUGUACGACGAGCGCAUCCACUUUAGCCAGAACAACUCGCCCAUGCCCGCCGACGUCUACGCAAAGAAGCUGGUGGCCGCGGCGCUCAAAGGCGAGGGCUGGUUUGGUGGUUUGUUUGGCAGGACGCCGGAUUGGUUCUGGGCGGGAGGGCUUGCCAACGUUGCGUGGUUUGGCCAAACCUUCUUCCCGCGUCGGUUCGCAGAGUUCCUCACGGCCAUUACCUUUAAGAUUUCAAAGAUGGCUUUCAAAAUUGCUGAGGCCAAGGAUAAGAGGGCUUGA